UUGUCCCGCACACCUGUCACCAUCGUCUUGCGCACCUGCGCCUCAUGACACUCACCUGGACUCCAUCACCUCCUUGAGUGAAAAGAAGGAAGCCUGUACAAAAUAAACAUAUUUCAAAGGCAAAGAAAUUUACUUUUGGUCCUGAAUACAAAGUGUUAUGUUGGCAAACCCAAUAAAACACAUUACUGUACCACUCUCCAUAUUUUCAAGCAUAGUGGUGGCUGUAUCAUGUUAUUAUAAGGGCACAGGGCGAGACCCAGAUGCAGACACGAGAGGCAGAUGGUUCAAGUUGCUGAUAUUUAUUAUAAUCCAAGGGGCAGGCAAGAGAAUGGUCGUGGACAGGCAAAAAGAUCAUAACAUGGUCAGAGUCCAGGAGGUACAGAGUGGCAGGCAGGCUCGAGGUCAGGGCAGGCAGUAUGGUCAGCAGGCGGGUUCAGAGUCAAGGCAGGCAAGGGUCAAAACAGGGAGGACUAGCAAAAGAGAGAUAAGAAAAAGCAGGAGCACGGGAAAAAACACACUGGUUGACUUGACAAGACAAACUGGCACAGAGAGACAGGAAACACAGGGAUAAAUACACCGGGGAAAAUAAGCGACACCUGGAGGGGUGGAGAGAAUCACAAAGACAGGUGAAACAGAUCAGGGCGUGACAGUUAUGGGUAUGCUUGUAAUCGUUAAAGACUGGGGAGUUUUUCAGGAUAAAAAUAAAUGGAAUAGAGCUAAGCUCAGGCAAAAUCCUAGCUUUAAACCUGGUUCAGUGCUUUCCACCAGACACUGGGAGAUUAAUUCACCUUUCAGCAAGACAAUAACCUAAAACACAAGGCCAAAUCUACAUUGGAGUUGCUUACCAAGAAGACAGUGAAUGUUCCUUAGUGGCCAAGUUACAGUUUUGACUUAAAUCUGCUUGAAAAUCUAUGGCAAGACCUGAAAAUGGUUGUCUAGGAAUGAUCAACAACCAAUUUGACAGAGCUUAAACAAUUCUGAAAAGUGGGCAAAUGUUUCACAGUCCAGGUUCGGAAAGCUCUUAGAGCUUUACUCAGGAAGACUUGCAGCUGUAAUCGCUGCCAAAAGUGAUUCUAACAUAUAUUGACUCUGGGUUGAAUACUUAUCUCAUCAAGAUAUAGUGUUUUAUUUUUUAUUUAUUUUUUUACCAACAUUAGAAUCUUUCUUCCACUUUGACAAUGUAGAGUAUUUUGUGUAGAUUGUUGACAAAAAAGAGCGAAUUAAAUCAAUUUUAAUCCUACUUUGUAACACAACAAAAUGUGGAAAAAGUCAAGGGGUGUGAAGGCCCUGUAUCUCUGUGCAACCAAUAAAAUGUGAAUUGAUUUGAUAAACCGGUGUCCCCUCAUUGCAUUUGUUUGCCUUCUAUCUGAACAUCUGCGAUGUUCUUUGGAAUUUCCGAUAAAAGAGCGUUUCCCUGUCAAUGCCCAGUGCAGAUGGUUACUUUACUAUGAAACUAUUGAAUAGAAGGAAACGCAAGUCACUGACAUUUUCCUCCCCAGAAGGCCACUUCCCUUUGACGCCUCAGCUCAUCUGUCUGUAUCUACCGGACGCGUCAAACCAUUACAAGUUGUAGACUAAAAUGGAUACUUUGUUUUUCCUUAUAUUUAUACUUUUUCGAUGUACUUCGUCAAACAGUUUCCUUAUUGUGCACACACCAAAGAAAAUGUGCCUGUCUACCCACAAAUCGGCCGUCAUCCUUAGAAAAUGCAAUGUCGCCAGUCCCUAUCAACAAUGGGAAUGGACGGACGAUAUGAAGCUGCAUCACACGCAAUCAUCGAAGUGUCUCUGGGCCAACACGAGCAGUGCGAUACCUCUGCACGCUCGCCUGGCCUCAAUCACCAACUGUGACAGCGCACAUGCCUGGAAAUGUUACGACGAACAAGGGACUUUCGGGUUAGCGGAGAAGCCCAUGUACCUGAAGAAACAAGGUAUACGCGUUGUGAUUAGAGGAGAUCCGAGGUAUUCCAACUGGACAAAGCACGAAGAAGUCGACUCAGGAGGAGGACAGGUGAUGACACAUUUAUGCUCGCGUAAAGGGACCACCACCAUCUCAACCACCAGAAUGUAUUUAUCCACACACAAACCUGUGGCAUACACCAGCACUGUCCACACCAUCCGAACGGCCCCUGUAACAGCCAUAAACACUCACUCUUCCUCAAACGCUAUGAGAACCCAUAGUAGGACCACCCGUCAGAUCUCUAUGUUAAGAGUUCCCAUCACAACGCCCAACAAUGUGGUGACCUAUGAGUCUGACAUCGUCAAGACUCAGACGAUGGGUUUCAUUCCCAGGUCCGUCUCAACGGGCAUCGCGACAUCUGGGACAGCUCUCAACGACAGCCAUGAUUUUAUCUUGUCCAGUCCUGCUUUGUCCACAACUGACUCUGCCAUGGACGAAACGGUGAACGCUGCCACCAAAAAUGCCCUCCUCGACUCGAGGAACGAAGCCAAGAUUCCAUCAGUAAACCAAACAACUUCCAGUUCCACACCCCCUAAUGUAGAUGAGCUGGUGUCAACUACCACGACCACUACUGUGGUUUCCUCUACAAUUUCCUCAGUGCCCAACUCAAGUGCUAUGACUGAUUCACCAUCCACUUCUGCAUCUGUAGUCGUUACCUCUGAUGCUAAAGUCCCAACUUCUGUUGCUUUACCAACCGCUACCCCUGAUUCCAUCUCUAAUUCUUCUGCUACCACCACACCUACCGAUACCACAACAUUGUCCACAACUAGGAAAGUACCCCCCAGAAAGACUGUGGUUCCAUCUACAACCAAAACCACAACAACGCAGACUACGACAACCGCUGCCCCUCCUACUCCUACUACUCCUACUGUCGGCCAAACCACUAUGACUACAGCAAAUCCCAUUAUAAAAGUAGCCCCGCCCACAACCGCCAUAGCCUCACCCACAAUAACUUCAACUCUGCCCACAACCUCCUCAACUCCACCAACAACAUCUUCUACUUCUCCCAUAACAUCUUCAACAGUCAAGAUUACAGCUAAAACCACAAGGAAAAUAGCCCCACCCACAACCUCCACAUCCCCACCCACUACCUCUUCAACUCCACCCACAACCCCUCCAAUCACAUCUACAAAUUCCCCACCCAUGACUACUACAAUGCCUCCUACAACAAACCUGCCCACAACUACCAAGACUUUGGCCACAACUACCGUAACCACAACUACUGCAACCACAAGCACAACUACUACAACCACACCCCCAACUACCACACCCAAAACUACCACAACCACACCCACAACUAUCAAAACCACACCCACAACUACCACAGCCACUUCUACCACAACCACCCCCCCAACUACCACACCCACAACUACCAAAACCACACCCACAACUACCAAAACCACACCCACAACUACCACAUCCACUUCUACCACAACCACACCUACUACUACCACAACCACACCCACCACAACCACACCCACUUCUACCACAACCACUCCCACUACAACCAUAAAAGAGAACGUCCAAGGCAAGCAGGAAGGAAAGAAGGGUGCGGUGGGGCAAGAGGAGGGGAGACUGCUCAAGGUGCUGUUGUCCAGACUCAAGUGA